GAAUGAAUAAACGGCGUGGUUUGGAAGUGUUUAGUCAGGUCAAGCAACGACCAAAAAUUACUUAUACGCCUGAUGGCAGAAGAAUGAUUGGAGGUAAACUGGAAGCUCCAGAAAGCAAGCCUGACGAGCUUUGGGGAAAGCUGAUAGUUGAUUCCGUAACAAAAAGAAAAUUUUUUGGGAGUCAAGAACAAGGUAGUAGCAAACAAAAUGACAACGAGGAGAGUCAGAUAAAAAUAAAAAACGAAAAUCAGAAACGAAAAUUCUCAUUUGGAUCACUCUUCACGAGGCUGAGAAAAGGGACUAUUACAAAUAAUGGUUCAGAUAGAAAUACCUCACCAGAUAAAGUACAAAAAAAGAAAACAUCGAUAAUUUAA